CGCCACUUCCUCCUGUCUGUCUGGGCUGGGUGCUGUUUUAUUCGCGAAGAGGAGAAAAAAAUAAACCAUGACAAAAAGACAAAAGACAGUAACUGGACUUUAAACCAACGAUGCUUUAAAACUCCUGCUUUCUCACCAUGGCCAUCCGGGAGCUUAAAGUUUGUCUGCUAGGGGACACAGGAGUGGGGAAGUCCAGUAUUGUUUGCAGAUUUGUCCAGGACCACUUCGAUCACAAUAUCAGCCCCACAAUAGGAGCGUCUUUUUUGACCAAAACUGUGCCGAGUGGGAAUGAACUACACAAGUUUUUAAUCUGGGACACAGCCGGACAGGAACGGUUUCACUCUCUAGCGCCUAUGUACUAUCGGGGAUCUGCUGCUGCUGUUAUAGUCUAUGACAUCACCAAGCUGGACUCCUUCCAGACGCUGAAGAAGUGGGUGAAGGAGCUGAAGGAGCAUGGCCCUGAGGACAUCGUGGUGGCUAUCGCAGGAAACAAGAACGACCUGGGAGAUAUCAGGGAAGUCCCCAUGAAAGAGGCGAAGGAGUUUGCAGAAUCAAUAUCAGCUAUUUUUAUAGAGACCAGUGCGAGAAACGCCAUCAAUAUCGAAGAACUCUUUCAGAAAAUCAGUAAACAGAUCCCUCCUUUGGAAAACACAGAGGUGGAGAGUAACGAGUCUUUUAAACUGAACCGACAGCCGCCUCCUCCUGCCCGAAAGUGCUGCUAGUCUCACCACCACGGACCACCACCAUCCAGUGUAGUAUAGUAUAUCCACAGUCCAUAAGGCACUAUAAGACACAGGGCCAGACUGCAAAGAGAAGCCCGUUAUUCCUCCCGUUCAUGGCUCUCAGCUUCAUAUUAUUGAAACUUUGCAGUGACAUCACACUGGGGGUGUUCUGCAUGUAUGUGACACAAUGCACACAUCCAUGUUUGUCAGAAAAGUUUUUAACAUUUUCUGAAAACUGAAGAAAUAUUACAAAAUGGAUUUAAACAACACAUUUUCAGGAGCCUAUGAUCAAUAAGAGCAUUCAUGGUCACGAUUAGGUGUUUGAUCUACAACAAAAAAAAAAGAUGAGAGUAACUAACUGAAAAACAGGCUAAUGCUAGCUAGCUUGUGCUAGCUCGCUUUAGACAGAAGUGUACUCCAGUUAGCAUCCCACCUCCAGGAAUGUUGAUGACAUCAGUUGCAAAGUAUAAAUUUUUAGGACUCCUUCCCAUUCAAAAUAUGCACAAUUAGUUUUUUACAUUUCAUUAUAGAUAUUAUCACCCUCCAGUGGUGUUUGCCUGUAUUACAUCAUAUAAUGCACACUGUGGCACUAAUUAUGCCUGCAGGGUGCAACUCAUGGCGGAGAAAUUGAUACAUUUCUUUUCUUUAUAGUAAUUUACUUGAAUUUUAAGUAAAUGGAUUCUCUGAAGAUUAUUUAGUAACUUUUACCCAUAUAAAAAAAAUGUUGCUAAGUUGGUCGUCUCUUGCCUCACCAUUUCUUAGGUAUAAUGUAUAAUUGAGUACUCUUACUUUACUUGACUCUUACUGUUUUAAAGUAACUGCGCAAAAAUAAAAAUAGCUGUAAAACAUGCACAAAACAUUACUGGUUUAAUACAGUGACUCUUGUCAAAAGUAUCAAAAAUCAGAUACUAAUCGAUACUAUCAACACUAGAUACUCAUUUGAGUUAAUGCUAAAAAAGUCACAGUGAUGGUACAGAAAUGAACCUUUCCUGAAUAGCUUUAGAAUGAUCUUGAGCUGUAUCAGAAGAAGUAUAAGAUCACAUAGGCUAAUGUAUGCCCUUGGACCACUAUGGAACUUACCUGGACAACUGAGAAAUUAUAUAGAUAUAAGACUGCAUGGUAAUAUAAAAAAAGUACUAUGAUUAAAUCUUGAAAAUCACAGACUAUUGUCUAAAGACAAUAGUUUGUGAUUAAUUAGUUAUCAUCGUGCUAUCAGAAUUAGUAUUAUGUAUGGAGUAUAUUCUUUAGUAUUGAAAUUGAGUUUGAAAUUUUAGUAUCAUGACAACACUACUUAUGCCACAGCAUUUAAAUAUUAACUAUUAACAGUGUCCAUCUAUUAAUUUUGCUUCUGAAGAGAGCGGCUGGCUGUUUUUUAAUCAUGUUUUAUUUUUGUUUAAAAUGUUUUUUAUGCCAACAGUGUCUUAAAUGCAUUUAGCUUCACAUUCCAGCGUCAUGUGUUUUCCACUUUUGCUGUAAAAUUGUACAUUUAUUCAGUACAUGAUGUGAUCAGGGCUGUUUACAGAGUACUGAAAUUUCAGAGUACAGGGAACAACUGCAAAAAAGGGUUGUGUAUGAUUUUUAUUACUAAUAUUAGGAAUCAAUUUCUAAAACAAGGGAAAUUGUAUGACUCAGCAUGAUGUUAAGUCUUAUAUGCCGCUUAAUAUGUGCCUGGAUGGGUAUUGUAGUGUAGGGGUCCUGUGUUAUGUUUAACGCGGGGUAUAGGGCAAAAAUCUAUUUUUGGAGCUUUCUACCAUGUUACAAAGUUGUUCCUCAUCAAAAACAGGCUUGAAGAGAUUGCUCAGAGCUUCAAAAAUUAAACUGAAUCUAAUUAAACAUGUUAAUAUAGCAUUUUCAAAACAAUAAAUGGUAACAUGGUGAUUUAGAUAUGUUAUGUGUUAGCAGUUGAUACAUAGGGUAUUAUCUGCUAACACAUAACAUAUAUAAGUGUAAUACCCACUUUUUAAUCUACAUUUUUGUUAUACUUUUUACUUAUCAGAUACCCUCCUGGGCUCAAAAUGACCUGUUCCACCUUGUGUUUACAGGAAUAAUAUAUAAUUUAAAGAUGCAAUAUGUAACUUGCUUGGUCAAGGUUUUGCUACCUACCUGUCUACCUUCAUGGAGACAAGAAGGUGACACCACCAGGCUAAGUUACAGGUCAGAUCUGUGGAGAGCAAAAUUCACUUACAGUAAAAAUGCUUUUCAAGAUAUUUUCAGCUAUAAAAACACAUGUUAUUGAAUGAAUGCACAAUAAGUACAUUUAAUGCCAUACUGUGGAAAAUUGACGUCAAAGUAGUGACAUCCCAAUAGAAACCAGCUGGCAAAAAGUUACAUGUUGUGCCUUUAAAUUGCAAAACAUAUCAUUAUAAUACCCCAGUUAAACCACUUAAUCCACUAUGCUGUUCUUAAAAUAUGAACUAAUGCCUCAAGUAUCUGUUUCCCGCCAACACAAUUUUAACCUCAUGCUGUAAGCCAUUUGUGCCUUUAUUAUUGUAUUGUCUUCCAUUUACAUAAGUGCCUUUGUAAUAUUAGAAUAUGCAUGAUGUUAUUGUCAAUACAGACUAAUGUUUAUGUAUAGGUCAUAGUAAAGCUGCCAGUUAUGUUUUACCAGCCUGUACAAUCUGUAAUAAAGUUAUAUGGUUCUACUUU